CUCCUCAGUCCUAGCAAAAUGGCGACGGUUGAUGACUGCGAUGUGACCAUGGAUCCUGAAAUGGAAAUACUCAGCGACGAGGAAAUGGAGAGGUUCGUUGUGGAAAAUGUAUAACAAAUGUUACACAUUAGAUUUAAGAGUGUUCUCGUGCCAUUGUCAUGUUAUUAUAAUAUUGGUCUGGCUAGUGUUGGUUUGCUUUUGCUUUGAGUCACACGGGAAGUAGGCCUUGCUAACCGGUUAGCUAACUAAUGUUAGCUAUUUUUCUCUUUUUGAAAAAUCCAUACGAACAAAGAUAAAGUGGACUUUAUCUGUUGUGUUAAUGUUACCUAGCCAACAAAGUUAGUCACAGUUUGUGACAGUUUGCAUCGACGUGUGUUAUGGCUAGCUAACGUUAGCUUGCUAAAGUACUAGCUAGUUGGCUAACUAACGUUAGCUAAGUAGCUAGCUAUUUGGGUCGCAAAGCCUAUUGUUUUUGUUCUAUAAUUUUAUACAAAUGUAUUUAGCUAACUAGUUAUUUCGCUAGCUAACGUAGAUAACUGUUGUUAGUACUAUUGCCAUGUACCCACGCACGAGCCAGAAAAGUCCCCAAAGUCUAGCCCCACUCCGCCCACUGAUUGUCCUCGCAGUGACGUUAUAUGACCUGAACGAUUUAGCAACAGCUGUAAGUUAGGCUUUGCAUGAGGUAACUUACUAUUGUCUGACAUGGUCUUGUUAGUAUGCCUGAAGGGUGAUCAACUUUUAUUUACUGUAAUGUUAUCCGAGGUUGUCAACUAGGCCUAGCUAGACGAGGUUGUCAACUAGGCCUAGCCAGAUCCAUAUAUUAAUGACUCUGAGCCUAGCUAAUGUAUGCCCACCCCUAGUAUUUAUGUCAUAACUUUCCUCUUGGCAACAGUGGGGGCCACAAGUUAAACAACCAACUAAUUUGUUAUGAUCAGGUCAUACAGGGGUAACUGCCUUGUUUCCUCAAGAACAUGAAACAUUACAAGGGCAAGGCAUUGACUUGGAAAAUUGCAUUUAUUUUCAAUUUUGUUUAUUUGUCUGCUUUCUUGCUCUGAUUGUGAUCUGAACUGAAACAUUGCGAAGCUUCCAAAAAAAGCUAUGGCAGUUGCCCUCUCCCUGGCUUGUCUUGCCAUGUGCUCCCUGGUGAUCUGCCUCUGUGUAUUUCCCACUGAGCUCAGAUAGCUGCUCUGUUUGUGAGCUCUACCCAUAAAAUACCCACGUGGCCACUACCUCUCGGGUCCUCUAUUUCCAUUGGAUGAGACCCCUCACUGCCUGCUGGUAUGGCUCUUUCUAUGUUUAGAUGAUUUUGCACAGCUCCUUCCCCCUCCUCUCCCACCAGCAAACCAAGGUUAACUCUUCCAGCAUACAUGUUUGGAAACUGCAAUAGCAGUGUUCAGGAAGCAAUCUGAUAGGCUAUAUCCUAGACCUAGAUUAGCCCUGGUCUACCACCAGAGUGAAUUAUGAUUUAAAGAAGACCUUUCAUCCUAUUAUUGUCAGUUGUGUUUUGCUUGUCAGCGGUUACGUAUAAUAUGCAGUAUCAUGUAAUAACCUACCUCCUUGCAGUCUGCGAUACGGGCUGGGAUGAAGUCAUUGAUUACUCGCCAAUGCACCUCGAGGUUUUCCUCUAAGUCCCUUUUCACAUUUACUUGGUCUAUUUUGUUUCUCUGUGGAUGAUACAGUACGCCCUGUUAGUGAUGGGCAUUUGACCUUUUUUGACUGUUCGAGAACGCACGUGAUAUUUUUCUGAGUACAGUAAUCAUAAUUGCUACAUUUGCCUCAUUAUUCAGUCAAUAAAAUAAAAAAACAAGUGCCAUUUAAGAAGUAUUUAUUGAAACUGUAAUAUCAACUGGUUAUAUUAUAUCGUGGAACUCAAUCUUCAAAAAGGUAGUAACCUCAGCUCUGUGGUGCUUGCGUGUAGAAGCCUAUGGCUGUGCAAUGGCAUAGCCUUGUUUUGUUAAUUUAGAAGACAAGACGCUAUUAUUUUCUGAGCCCUUAUCACAGUGAAGACACCUAUUUUAUAGUAAAAAAACAUUAUGUAAUAUAACAGAAUAAAAUGGAACAGAAUAGUGCAAAGUGAUUUGCAUCUUGCAUCUGGAACCGUUAUUCUCAGUAAUAAUUUGACACAGGGUGCAAUUUGGCAAGUUGAAAAACAUUUUUCAGAGUUACAAAACAAAAUCGUUCUACUUUUAGUUUAUUAUGCCUGUUCCUUGGAAUUUUCCAAAUGGAUUAACAAUGCUACGUUGAACACUGCAUGGGGAUGAAUUUUGGCCAUGGCAUCUGUUUGGUGAGUAGGCCUAGGCUUAAUGAUUCUGAUUAAAAUAUGCUCUUUGUCUUAAUCAAACUAAUGUUUUAGCAUAUUUUCAGUGUGGAACCUUUCUAUGUUUAGGGGGGGUAAUAGCCUAGCCUAACCACUUCUAAUUGCAAAGUAGGGUCAUCACUAACGUUAGUUACCACAGCCACAAAGUCAUAAACCCUGCCAGAUUUUUAGGGAGUCGAUCAGCUUUAAUAUUGCAGAUUGUAGCUUCCAUCAAUGUAAUUAUCUGCAACAUUUCCAAUCCCCCAUAUUUAAAAAAAUAUAUAUAUAUAUUUUACUUUAUUUUCACCUAACCCUACCACCCCUCCCCUAAUUGGAGUAAACUAAUGGAAAACAACACUUGGGCUUCUACUUCCAGCUUGCACAUACUAUAUACACUACUGUUAAAAAAUUGAUCAGAAAUAAAAUGUAGACAUUGUUAAUGUUGUAAAUGGCUAUUGUAGCUGGAAAAGGCAGAUUUUUAAUGGAAUAUCUACAUAGGCGUACAGAGGCCCAUUAUCAGCAACCAUCAGUCCUGUUCCAAUGGCACGUUGUCUUUGCUAAUCCAAGUUGAUCAUUUUAAAAGGCUAAUUGAUCAUUAGAAAACCCUUUUUCAAUUGUUAGCACAGCUGAAAACUGUUGUGCUGGUCCUCUGUAGCUCAGCUGGUAGAGCACGGCGCUUGUAACGCCAAGGUUGUGGGUUCGAUCCCCGGGACCACCCAUACACAAAUAAAUGUAUGCAUGCAUGACUGUAAGUCGCUUUGGAUAAAAGCGUCUGCUAAAUGGCAUAUUAUAUUAUUUAAAGAAUCAAUAAAACUGGCCUUCUUGAGACUAGUUGAGUAUCUGGAGCAUCAGCAAUUGUGGGUUCGAUUACAGGCUCAAAAUGGCCAGAAACAAAUAACUUUCUUCUGAAACUCAUCAGUCUAUUCUUGUUCUGAGAAAUGAAGGCUAUUCCAUGUGAGAAAUUGCCAAGAAACUGAAGAUCUUGUACAAUGCUGUGUACUACUCCCUUCACAGAACAGCGCAAACUGGCUCUAACCAGAAUAGAAAGACAGGCCAAUAAAAGUAAAAGAUUAAGAUGGGCAGUCUGAGAUAUGGCUUUUUCUUUGCAACUCUGCCUAGAAGGUCAGCAUCCCGGAGUCGCCUCUUCACUGUUGACGUUGAGACUGGUGUUUUGCAGGUACUAUUUAAUGAAGCUGCCAGUUGAGGACCUGUGAGGCGCCUGUUUCUCAAACUAGACACUAAUGUAUUUGUCCUCUUGCUCAGUUGUGCACCGGGGCCUCCCACUCCUCUUUCUAUUCUGGUUAGAGCCGGUUUGCGCUGUUCUGUUAAGGGAGUAGUACACAGCGUUGUACGAGAUCUUCAGUUUCUUGGCAAUUUCUAAGUUUUGAAUCCGACAUCGUUUUGCGUAUCAGUUCAUACACCAUGUGCCAUGUAAUUGGUACAUCGCAAAUCUCUUCCCAACUAUUUUGCUAUCUAUUAUGGCACAGCUGUAAAUUUUUGGGUCCUUAAGUGAAACUGGUAUACUUUUUUAUUUAUCGCAAUUUUAGGUGUUUAAUGCAGGGCCGAAAGACACGUUCCUUACUUUUUCCCCCUUCCACUUGCCUCUUCCGUUUUUGCGGUAAUGCUGCAAUUAGUUGGUUGUAAUUUUGGUUAGAGCAGACAUUUCAUAUAUUUUUGCCAGCUGCAUGUGUGACAACUCCACCAGUCCUAUUUAUGAUGUAAUUGACAUAAAUUUGCCAUUUUUUAAAACUCAAUUAGUAUAUUUGAGUUUAACCAUUAAUAUAUGUUCUGUCUUUUCUGGUGGAUUAAACUGAAAUUGCAACCAACUUUCUAUGGCUUGUUUUGAUAAUAAAUUAGAUUAUUUCAUUUUCAAAUAACUGAAAGUGAGAAUAAAGGGAAAAGGCCACACUGUUAACGGUAUGCCUAACUGUUAAGACCAAAUAGCUCAUUUGUAUUUUUAUGAUAUAGCCAAUUUUGACUUUGUGGCUGUGACAAAGUAGCCUAAGCGGGAAAUGAUGCAAUUAUUCCAAAACACGUGUGUAGAGGGAGCGGUCGGAACGCAAUUGAGUGAGCGAGACACGGAGGGGAAAGGGAAUUUAGGGAGCAGAACUGUGUGAUGCUUGGCUUGGUAAACAUUUUUGUUGUACAAAUGGAACACUAGAGUCAAAGCAAAUUAACGUUGUCUUCAAGACGAAAUUGACCAAAUAGUUCUACAGUAUUUUAAUUUUUUUUUAUCUCUGGUUAAAGAUCGAGUUUUGAUGUCAGUUUGAGAACUCGAUUAGUCAUGCCCAUCCCUACACCCUGUCAUUAUGCAAUUUCACUCUGAACUCUCUCUUGGGUAAUGCCUCAUUCUCAAGCUCUUUCUUUGUCUUUUAUUUCUCUGUGUGUCAUCCAGGGAAGCGGAGAGCUUCAAGGAGCAAGGUAAUGCCUACUACAUCAAGAAGGAUUACUCUGAAGCAUUCAUCUACUACACCAAGGCCAUAGGUAAGGAUUCCAUCAGUGAUAUCAACUGCAAAGGAUAUCUUCUUUAUAGAGAGGGGGAACAUGUUUGUUUUCUGUGGGUGAGAGGAUAAUCUAUUCUUGUUAACGAUGGUGAGUGAUUUUUCACUGUGUUCUCGACAGACAUGUGUCCUAAGAAUGCCAGUUACUAUGGAAACCGGGCGGCCACGCUGAUGAUGCUGAGCCGGCACAGAGAGGCGCUGGAGGACUCCCAGCAGGCAGUGCGGCUCGACGACACUUUCAUGAAGGUAGGGUCAACCACCAGACGUAGCACCACCUUGAGUAGCAAGCCUUGAAUACCCAGCCUGUACCUAGGCAGACAAGUUAGUCAGACCUUCCGUUUUGUCUCAUCUCAUAAUACAAGAAUACAUUUGGCAGUUGGAUGAGUACAACAGUAAGGUAAUGGAAAGAUCUGAGUCAUGGUUUUUGGGUGGGUCUCCUCCCUCUCCCUGCCUGUGUCAGUGUUCCAGCCUGUUAACUGUGAGUCAACUUUCCCAAAGGGUCAUCUACGGGAGGGGAAGUGCCACUUGUCCCUGGGCAACGCCAUGGCAGCCAGCCGCUGUUUCCACAGGGUUCUAGAACUGGAGCCUGACAACAGCCAGGCACAGCAGGAGGUGGGUCAGACAGACACAGUCUCAGUCUGGCAGACUAGGUCCUAACAGCAAUGCAUUGUAAAGAGCUAAUUGCUUUACAGUAAUUGAAAUCCUUUGUUAACUGUGACAGAUAUUCCAUGAGUUUUGCUUAGAAUGAGGAAAACAUCAGGCAGCAGCUUCCUUAUAUAAAAGCAUAAGUUUGACUUAUGUUUGGAUCUAUUUCCAGGUAAAGAAUGCAGAUUCUGUCCUGGAGUAUGAAAAGAUGGCUGAAAUAGGAUUUGAAAAGCGUGACUUCAGGAUGGUAGGCUCUUGGCUGCAUGUUGUCUUUUAUCAAACAAAUUGUUAUCCUUAUUUGGGGGAAUGGGCAGAUUGGUGCUAGAUUUGAUAUGACAGUGUUUCUCUCUCUGGACUGUGCAGGUUGUGUUCUGCAUGGACCGUGCCCUGGAGUCAGCCUCAGCCUGCCAUCGGUUCAAGGUGCUGAAAGCAGAGUGUCUGGCCAUGCUGGGGCGCUACCCAGAGGCCCAGUCGGUAGCCAGGUAUACAAGACAUUGUUGGAACCUGGAAAACCAUUCAAUAAAGGCAAUUUCCCUAGCUGAUGCACACCAUUGGAAAUGCAUGUUGUCAUAUAAGACUUGUUUCUUUAUCUUCCUCUCUCAGUGAUAUCCUGCGGAUGGACUCUACUAAUGGCGAUGCCCUGUACGUCCGUGGUCUCUGUCUGUACUAUGAGGACUGUAUUGACAAGGCCGUCCAGUUCUUUGUCCAGGCCCUGCGCAUGGCCCCUGACCAUGAGAAGGCUCGCCUGGCCUGCAGAGUGAGUCCUCCAUCCACCUUCCACCAGGACUCUAGCCCUGCAAUUAGACUCAACUAACCUGCCCAAUAAUGAUGCUAAUGUGGAGUAAUUGCCUCCAUCCUUUCCUUUGUAAGAGGAAGCCACAGAACACUAUAACCAAUUCUGUCUCCACUACUGGCUUGCUGACACAUUAAGUUUGCAGAGGUUGCUAAGUGCUGUCUCUUUUCCACCCAGAAUGCCAAAGCACUCAAAGCCAAGAAGGAGGAUGGGAACAAGGCCUUCAAGGAUGGGAACUAUGAUGCGGCCUACGAGCUGUACUCUGAGGCCCUGACCAUAGACCCCAACAACAUCAAAACCAAUGCUAAGCUCUUCUGUAACAGGGGCACCGUGGGAUCUAAGGUGAGGCUCAAACACACAGCACCAGGAGGAGAACCCCUCUUAUCUGACAUACCUUGUUAUCUUGUCUUAUGCAGCCACAGUGUUUCUGCCAUCUUGGUCCCCAGUUCCCUUCGGCCAAAUAUUAUCUUAGAUCGUCUUCAUUAAAAGGCUCUCUGUAAGCUUGCAAAUGAGGUAUUGCUGUGUUUGAUUAUACUGUGGUUGUUUGGCCUUUUCAGCCAGGCAGCUGAUAUUUGAUACCUGUAGGGCCCUAUAAAAUCAGCAUUUUUUUCUUGCCUUAUUCCGUCGUUUUCCAAAAUUCAGUUUUUCCAGGGUUCAGUUUUUGCUCUCCAAAUCACUUUAUAUAUAGAUAUAGAUAGAUAGAUAGAUAGAUAUAAUAUUAUUUUCAGGAGACUACUUUUGAGGUCUGGGAAAAAUCUAAGAAAUUUAGAUUUUUGGGUGUAGUUACCCUUUAAUUCAACUGUGCACAAGUUAGGGACUCAUGUGAUUGCAGAGUAUGCUAAACAAAUGGCUACUGGAUUGCUGCAAAUAAUCCAUUAUAUCAUUCUGCCAGGUAGGCUGGCAUAAGCUACUUUGUAGUAAAUGUUUAAUUGAAGGUUUUUGGGAAAGCCUUUCCAUCUACCAGAAGAUCAUCGCUAACGGCUACACAGUGGUAGACAAACACGCACAUACAGACGGGCAUUCCUGUGCCGUGGCCGAUUUAAGAAAGUUGAAAUAAAAUCAGAAUCACCUGAUGCAUGUUUUAUAAUAAUCUUGGACAAAUUAAUGCAUUUUCUAUUAAGUUCAAUAUAUUUUAGAAUGUUGUUGAAUUCUGUUUUAAUGUCUGGAUUCCGUGAUUCCAUCCGCAACACAUAUUUUAUAGGGCCUUCUAUCUGUAUAACUCUGCUCAAAAUGUCUCCUGGCAGCAUGUAGCUUGUGAGAUUGUAAAUCCUCCAGGAAGUCACUCAUAUGGACCAAUGUAGCGCUACUGUAUUGGCUGUGAAGGUGGCCUUCUGCAUGGGCAUUUGCAUUCUCUCUCUCUCACACGUGCACACACACUCUCCAAUGCACAGAUGCCUGCCUCACACUCACACACCUCUCAUUCAGUGAGGCCCCUCUUACUGUGUAUUUUUAGCAGUGCUCUGCACUUUGCUUCAUUUUCUCUAUCUAUUACUAGGCCAGCAUCUCUCCUCUUUUUUUUCCCUCUUUUUUUUCUGUCACACGCUACCUUACACAUUCCCCAGUCCCCUUACUCUUUUCUCUUUUAUUUCCGUUUUUUUUCCUUUCAAAGCUGAAAAAAAUAGACCAGGCCAUUGAAGACUGCACAAAGGCAAUUAAGCUGGAUGAGACCUACAUCAAGGCCUAUUUACGGAGAGCGCAGUGGUACGUCAAUCAACCUUAGUUUCCUAACAAUAUGUUCAUAGUGGUUAUUUGAGCAUGCAAGAAUAUGUAAGAUAAAUAGUUUAUUAUAUGGAGAUUAAUUUGAUUGGAUAUGCUUAUGAUCCCUAAAGCUUGUUUCUAUAUCUCUGUGUGUUCAGUUACUUGGACAAGGAGGAGUACGAUGAGGCUGUGAGGGAUUAUGAGAAGGUCUACCAGACGGAGAAAACAAAAGGUAUGUCUGUGUCUCAUUAGUGUGACUCAACCACCCCUCUCUCCAUCCCAGCAACCACACUACCUCUCUGUCUGGGUCCUGUUGCUUCACACUCCUGUUUCCCCCCACACCCUGUUAUGACACAAUGUCUGAGGUGUUUGUCUCUGAGGGCUGGAAUUAGAGUAUAGCUCCUCCUGCUGCUACGGUGCCCAAACUGCUCUUGGUUAUUAAUACUAUCGGUGUCGUCUCACUCUGAACUCCUUUCCUUAGAACACAAGCACCUCUUGAAGAAUGCACAGUUGGAGCUGAAGAAGAGCAAGCGGAAAGAUUACUACAAGGUGCUGGGAGUGGACAAGAACGCCACAGAGGACGAGAUCAAGAAGGCUUAUCGCAAACGGGCCCUCAUGCACCAUCCAGGUAGCUAAGAGAGCCCAUCUCUGUUCAACUAUCCAGUCUAUUUUACUGUUAUAAUAUAAGCAAUAUGUCAGGAGGUGUAUUUCAAUGCAAAGGGAAAACAAAACAUUUAACUCAGUCUCUCUGUGCUCCUGUACUUUUCUUCUCUAAUUUCCCCUGACUGAUGGCCCUGGUCGCUCUCUCUCGCUCUCUCUCUCGCGUGCUCUCUCACUCUCUCUCACUCUCUCUCGCUCUCAGACCGUCACAGCUCGGCCAGUGCUGAGGUUCAGAAGGAAGAGGAGAAGAAGUUUAAGGAGGUGGGCGAGGCAUUCACCGUGCUGUCUGACCCUAAGAAGAAAUCCCGCUAUGACAGUGGUCACGAUCUGGAGGACGACACAGGCAACAUGGGAGGUGAGGACUGGAGAUGAGCAGGGGAACCCCUUUCAAGGGAGGGCGUGGGGAGGAUGGAAAGUAGAGGGGCUGCUUUAGGGACAUUUCCGAGAUUUUUUAAAAUCCUAGGCUGUUUUAAAGCUGUAAUCCGUUAUUGGAUGAAACUACCACGUCAGUUUGUGAAAUUACCACAACAAAGAAGUUACAUCAAACGCAUCAGUUCACGCACGAUAGAGCAGAAUAUCUACUGCGAUGUAUUAUUAUUUUACCACGAUGCUGGCUGCUCCUCUGCUCUGUUUCAUCAACAAAACAACAACAAAGGUGCUGGGGUGAAAAUUAUUUCAGCUUUAACAGGUGCUAAAUUACUCUCACUAUUACUUGACUUGACUUGAUUAAAACACCAACUGGGUUCAGACAUUUUAUAUUUCAGAGCUGUAAACGGGUGUUUACCACAUUCAUUUUACAGUUAGUUUUGUGAGAUUGUACUGGCUGUUUCCCUCAGUUGUGAUGUUGAUCCUCAUGUGUUUCUGUCCCCAGCAGAUUUUGAUGCCAACAACAUUUUCAAGGCUUUCUUUGGUGGUGGAGGCGGCCAGGGCUAUAGUUUCGAAGCUAAUCAAUGUAUGUAUACAAACAGCUGUAGGAAACAACAGUACUUUUUCAACUUUUUAUGAUUUAACAAAUAAUAAAUUCAGCAUAUUUCAGAUUCUGUUUAACAAUUGACACUUUUUUUGUUUAAUGUUGCAGCAUCCGGACCAGGAAAUUUUUUCUUCCAGUUUGGUUAAUUGGAGGAUAAAAGUACUUAUACAGUAGCUCAAUCAUGGACUCUAUUCAAAUGGAUUCACCCCCCCAACUCCACCCUCAUUUUAAUUUGUCUGGCUGUUUCUCAGUUGGCCUCUGUCAUUACCUGAACGAAUAACGCUAUCAAAUCACAUCAUGCAACAAACAAAUGACUCAAGGAUCCAUAGAAGACUAAUACUAUUUGGAUAUUUGAUUUAAUUUUGUCAAACAAUAAAAACACUGAAAUUCGAUUUGUAUAAAAAGAACGUUGGCCCAUAAAAGUAUGAAUCAUAAUGGAACUUUGAAACAGGACUGUGCAGAUAUCUGGCCUUCUGAAGGCUCAGGCCAAGAUGUGACUUCAAGAUGGGGAAAUCUGAGAAAACCCUGGGGACCUACAAACCUCCUUUAUCCGCCUACACUUGACCUACUGUCCAAGCAGUAUUCAAAGCAUGCAUAUCUUGCCCAGUAUUUAAUGGUGCAAAAUACCAUGGGCAACUGAACAACUUGCAUGUUGUGGGCAGCCUACUUCUAUACCCAACAACCAAAAGAUGACUUAGCAGCUGUGGAUGAUUGCUUAAUGAAAGUGGUCUCCAUUUCAUCAUGUUAUAUGAACAGUUAAACUCGCAUUUUAUUUUCCAUAACAGCCUGGGGUAAAUAGAGUUACAUCCAUAAACUACUGCUUAAGUACAGUCAGAAGAUGACUAUAGAUGGCUGUGCUGGUGUACUAUGCCAGG